AUGGGUGCUGAAUGGGAGGCUUCUUUGGAGGGAGAGACGCAGGCGACGACCAACGUCGAGGCCAGCGCUCCGGACAACAUACAAGCUGACGAAGCCCCCGAUGGUGGCACCAAGGCAUGGCUAGUUGCAGUGGGCGGAACAUGUAUCUUCUUCGCAACCCUGGGCUUUGCGAACUCAUACGGUGUACUGCAGGAGUACUAUAUGGCUCACCAACUUCGAGAAUACUCGGCCGACGAUGUCACCUGGAUUGGAUCAGUUUCUGUUUUCCUUCAGUUUGCAUUUGGCUCUAUAGGAGGACCAAUGUUCGAUCGGGUAGGCGCAUGGCUCAUUCGACCCGCCGCCGUUCUUUACGUCUUCGGUAUGAUGAUGACCAGUCUCUGCCACAAGUACUAUCAGUUCAUCCUAGCCCAGGGAGUUGUGCUAGGCAUUGCGAAUGGCUUUCUUCAGUUCCCCGCCAUGGCCGCCGUAUCCCAAUACUUUGACAAAAACCGCGCUGCUGCCCUCGGUGUGGCCGUCUCCGGUUCUUCUAUCGGAGGCGUGGUGGUCCCAAUUGCGUUGACCCGAAUGUUUGACCACACCUCACUCGGAUUCGGCUGGUCCAUUCGAAUCAUUGGCUUCAUCAUCCUUCCCCUCCUCGCCUUCGCAUGCCUCACGGUGACUGCUCGACUCCCGCCUCGCCGCACGAAUUUGUUCAUCGCGGAUGCCUUCAGAGACCCAACCUACCUGAUGAUUGUCGUCGCUCUCUUCUUCAUGUUUCUCGGAAUGUUUCCUCCUUUCUUCUUCAUUCCCACCUACGCCGUUACUCGUGGUAUGGGAGUUACCCUAGCUUCGUACCUACUUGCCAUCCUGAACGCCGCCUCAACCUUUGGCCGUGUCAUCCCCGGCAUCCUGGCCGAUCGAUUCGGCCGCCUGAACGCCUUUGCCAUCGGCGGCAUCACCAACGGCAUAGUCACUUUUUGCUGGAGCCGGGCAGAGAGUAAUGCAGAAUUGAUUGUCUAUUCGGCCGUCUUUGGUUUCACCUCGGGGACAAUCAUCUCCGGGGGCUCUGCGGCCUGCACGAUCUGCACGAAAUCUUCCCAAGAUGCAGGCACGUAUCUUGGCAUGGCGUUAGCCAUUGCCGCUCUGGCAGCACUGGCCGGUCCGCCCAUUGCCGGCAAACUCGUGGAUGUCUAUGGAGGAUACCUCGAGGUUUCCAUGUUCUCCGGUGCUACUUGCAUAUUUGGGGGUAUUGUUGCACUUCUGAGCAAGGCAACCACUCCACAAGGACUUUUUGGGAAGAUAUAGGAUUUUCCAACAUUUACUCCGUG